CCCUUGGCUUCUCUUCCCUUUUUCUCUAGAUUCUUCCCCUCACUCUCCUCCAAGAUAUGGCGGCCAUUAACCUCACCUUCCUCUCCUGCAAGCCUUCUCUUCCAUAUUCUUCCUUCCGGACCAAGAUAGAUCAUUCCUCUGUCUCACUCUUCUCCGCGGCGAGGAAACUGAGAUCAGACCGACACAAAUCCCAAAUCAAACCAGCGCGCGCCUCGUCGUCGACAAAAGGAACCACGAAGACCCCUUCGAAGUCGGCGGACGACAAGAAAAGCAAGGACGAGCGGGUGCAGAAAGUUCACUCAGUGGAGGAGUUCGACGCGGCGCUGCGGGCGGCCAAGAACCGCCUGGUGGUGGUGGAGUACGCGGCCAGCCACAGCGAGAACAGCCAGCGCAUCUACCCAUGCAUGGUGGAGCUGAGCCGCGCGUGCGGUGACGUGGAGUUCCUCCUAGUGAUGGGCGACGAGUCGGAGGAGAUGCGCGCGCUGUGCCGCCGCGAGGGCAUCGACCGCGUCCCCCACUUCUCCUUCUACAAGUCGAUGGAGAAGAUCCACGAGGAGGAGGGCAUCGGGCCGGACCGGCUGGUGGGCGACGUGCUGUACUACGGCGACAACCACUCGGCGGUGGAGCAGCUGCACUCGCGGGCGGACGUCGAGGCGCUGAUCGAGCGGGAGCGCGGGGCGGAGGGCAGGUUGGUGGUGCUCGACGUAGGGCUCAAGCACUGCGGGCCCUGCGUCAAGGUGUACCCUACAGUGCUCAAGCUGUCGCGCUCCAUGGCCGGCACCGUCGUCUUCGCAAGAAUGAACGGCGACGAGAACGACAGCUGCAUGGAGUUUCUGAGGGACAUGGACGUCGUCGAGGUGCCCACCUUCCUGUUCAUCAAGGACGGCGACAUCCGCGGGAGGUACGUCGGCUCCGGCAAAGGGGAGCUCGUCGGUGAGAUCCUUAGAUACCAAGGCGUGAGGGUCACUUAUUAAUAAUUAUGCAAUUUUAAUAAACACUUAAGUUACCAUUAAUCCCUUAGGCCUUUGCAUGCCUUGUCUCUCUCCCGUUCCUUUGCUCCCAUUAGUUCUCGAGUAAAAACAUGAUCAUGUGUAUUUCAUCUGUGGACGUAAUUAAUGAAAGGAAUGAAUACUACACAGCAUUGUGUUCUCCCCACUCAA